AUGGCAGAAAUAGGGGAUUUUUACUGGGAAUUUGCUGAAUUUACACGCAGUAUGUUACCUCUUUCAUUACUGAGAGCAGCGAGAGACAAUGAAAUUUUAGUUGAAUUGACAAAUGGAGAAACAUAUAACGGAAAACUGGUGAGUUGCGACUCUUACAUGAACCUUGUUCUAAAUGAUGCGAUUCUCACAACAAAGACCGGAUCUCGAUUUUUCCACCUUUCGGAGUGUUAUAUCCGUGGAGCUACAGUCAAGUGCAUCCGGUUGUCGAAGGAUGUCAUCAACAAUGUACCAGCAGAAGAACAGAAUUCAAAGUACAACAGAGCCGUCGUCCGAUCAAAGAAGCCAUACUCGAGUGGACGAGGAGGUGCUAGAGGAGGAAAGAGAGGAACGGGACGCGGAACUGGAAGAGGAACGGGAAGAGGAACGGGAAGAGGAAAUGGUCGUGGUCGAGGUCAAUAA